GAAAUAUAAUUGCAAUUGUAUUUUUUAUAUAAUCUUUGCUUCAGCGUGUUGUGAAAAAUAUUUUGCCAUAACAGACAAUGCUUGAUACUGGUAUUAGCGCGUUACUACCCACAAUUCCUUGUCGGCGGGGACACGCAUGCGUACUUUAUUUUUCAGUUGUAACUCGAAAAUGGCGUCAGCCAAAUCUCUAGAGGAAAUGCUAACCACAGAUGUGGACGAGUCAGUAGUAAGCGAAUUAGUAGGGUCUUUAGAGUCACAACUCUCAUCUUCUGGGAUUCAUGCUCCAAAUCAGGAACUCAGCGUCAGUUCAGCAACCACGAAUCACGUCAAUAGUGUGCCAGUUUCGGACGGUCUCCAGCGCCUGCAGCACGACGGACAAAAACACGGUGUGGCUGCAGCGCUUGCAAAUUCAUGCCCAAGCAUCGUGGUGUCGAGCUUUGGAAAGACGAUCGCGACCACGUCUCACAUUGUUGGCGUUAGUAGUUGCGCUUCUUCUCCUGCCAGUUCUACGAACACUGUGAUGGUGACUUUGCCUGGCGCUCUCCCAGCUAGCGGCUACAUAAACCAAGUUACUGGCACGACGCAGCAGGCUUUGCUGAACACAUCGCUUGUGCGCCCGAUCAGCAACUCGGACAUAAAGAUUGUGUAUUCACCACAGGGCCACUUUAACGCGGCUAAUCUGGCUGCCGUCAAUAACGCUGUUAUCCAGCAACGGGGAAAUGUGAAAAUACAGGGUGUCCCGAACGGAAGCACCGCUAUCCGUUCCAGCCCGCAUACGCCCGCCACAACUCCUGGCCUCAGUGCCAUCCACAAUCUGGCGAACGUGGCUUCGCAGCAGACGCCUCUCAUCAUCAGCCAACCGGCCAAACCGCGCAUCGUCGUCGACCCGAAGGAUCCGAAGGCCGCAUUCAAGCCACAGAUCCUCAUCAAGCAGGAGCCGCCGGCUGCCUCGGUUGGCCAAGAGUUUCUGCGCUGUUCGUCACCUGCUGCGGGCGUCAUUCAGGCGUCAAAGGCCGGCCCGCAGCCCGUUAGCGUUGUCACGCAGGUUGUGUCCAGUCCUAGCAUCCUACCGCCUGGUGUGCAGAUCGUCAACGUGAACCCUGGCCGGCCCGGAGCGCCAGGCGUCGUCGGCCAGAAGACGCUGGCGCCCCGGGUCGUCAUCGGCAGUCCUGUGCGGUUGGCUCCACAGAUGCUGGCUGCCCGUCCAGGAGCUCCGUCCGUUCAGAGAUACCGCUACCAUAGGCCUCCUGAACAUGACAACACGAUCACACUUCAACCAGGCAUGAUGCGUGGCACCCUGCUUGUGAAAACAGAAAACGGGCAACUGCAGGUCGUCAACGUGGCCCCCAGCCUGCCACCAAACUCUUCAGCUGCAAGUAUGUCAGGAGCACCCACUUACCGGCUGCAGUCUGUACAGAAUUGCAGACACCAAACUCCUCUAGUUCGUCGUGCUCCUAUUCAUGAGCACAUGAAACAGGCAUGGCCGCAUCUUCCGAACCUUGGGACCCAACCUGUGCAGCAGCUUCAAGGCAGAAAAACAAAUGCAACGCCAAUGGUGGGUACAGUCCUGCAGCAGGGUCAGCCAAGUAUCAACAUUGUGCCUACAGUGCCCAGUAGCACCCCUAUCCAAACACUGGGGCAGCCACUGGCACAGCAGACUGUCACAGUUAAGGUGGCAGCCACUACUACUACAGCUUCUGUUACGCAGCCUCUCACCAUUCAAACAACUGUUGCUAACAGCCAGUCUGCUGCCACAACGCCAUCUCAGAUGUCACCAAACACUGCCAAGAAAAAAUGCAAGAAUUUUCUGUCCACUUUGAUACGGCUCGCUAGUGAUCAGCCGGAACAAGUUGCCUCCAAUGUCAAGGGUCUCAUCCAGGGGCUCAUUGAUGGAACGAUUCAGCCUGAAGACUUCACAAAUCAGCUUCAAAAGGAGCUCAAUUCUUCGCCACAGCCAUGCCUUGUACCUUUUCUAAAAAAAAGCCUUCCAUACCUGCGACACUCUCUUAUGACGAAAGAGCUCACCAUCGAAGGAGUGCGGCCACCACCACAGGGUGCAGUUACGCUGCCGUCAACACCUACCAUUAUUCCGAAUAUCCAGCAAGUGGCUGGAGUGGCGCGGCCAGCGGUACCUCAUGCGACGACACAGGUGCGGGUGAUGACACCAACAACAGGUGGCCUGGCAGCACAGCUGGCUAACACAGCAAACAUCCAGGGUGUCCUGGCACAACACCAGAGGCUGGUCACGGGCUGCUCCAAAACUUCCUUGGCCACUACCAUCCCUGUUUCUUUCAUUCAUCCACGACCAGCAACAACAGUUGUAGCUCCGGGUACGAAAAGUUUGUUGGUGGCCAAGACAAGCAACUUGACUGCAGCUUUGUCACCAGCCACAGUUGGAGCAUUGCAGACCAAGGUGGCCACACCUGUACCAACUAGGACGCCUGUCACUGCCCUUAAAGAAAAACGUACCUACUCUUCACUCAGGGACGAUGAUGACAUCAACGAUGUGGCAGCUAUGGGUGGUGUCAACCUUGUUGAAGAGAGCCAGAGAAUUCUCGCCUCUAAUGCUGAGAUUGUUGGAACACAGAUAAGGUCCUGUAAGGAUGAGAACUUCCUCUUCACGAACCCUUUGCAAAGGAGGAUCACAAGUAUAGCUGUCAAAUACGGCAUUGAAGAAAUCCCAUCAGACGUUGUUGCCCUAAUUUCCCAUGCCACACAAGAACGGUUAAAAACGCUUGUGCAGAAGCUGGGUAUUGUGGCUGAGCAUCGUCUUGAAAACAUCAAGACUGAUUCUCGAUAUGAAGUGACUCAGGACGUUAAAGCACAGCUCAAAUUUCUUGAAGAAUUGGACAGGUUAGAGAAGAAAAGGCACGAAGAGCAGGAGAGGGAGAUUUUGCUUAGGGCUGCAAAGAGUCGAUCAAAAAUGGAGGAUCCAGAACAGCUCAAGCUAAAGCAGAAGGCAAAGGAGAUGCAAAAGGCAGAAAUGGAGGAGAUGCGGCAAAGAGAGGCGAAUAUGACAGCCCUUUUGGCCAUUGGUCCGCGAAAGAAGCUGAAGACAGAAAAUAGUGGAAAUGCAGGGGCUGGCCUUGGCACUGGUUCUGGCCUCAGCAACUCAUUCUCAAAACUUCCGAUGCGGCCAAGAGUGAAACGAGUCAACCUGAAAGACAUAUUGUUCCUCAUGGAGCAAGAGCGUGACAGCAUACACAGUACACUGCUGUAUAAAUCCUAUCUCAAAUAGAAAGUGGCAAACAUGCAAUUGCACCUUGGACACACAAGUGGCUUUCCACCUAGAAACCACCAGCUCUCAGUGGACCGAGUGCGCACUUCUAAAAGUUUCAUCCACUGCCCACCCUGAUAUGUUGACUUGUGCCAGCCAUGUCUCCAUUGCUGCCUGUUUAGCAGUGCACUUUGUUGGUUUAUACAUUGUUCUUUUACUUUCUUGUUGUAAGGUCUAGAUUUUGUGCAAAAAAACAAAGUGGGAUGAGCUCUGCAACAAGCUGCAUUUCAAAAAACUGUGUUACAUGUUCUCUGAAGUGAAUUUGUAUUGUCUUGCACAAAUGCAGGGGAAAAUGUAUUAAAUUUAUUUUUAAUCUAACUAAAAUGAUUCUUAACUGUAGCAUAUGCAAGUUUUUUUGGUCUUUCAAAGGUCUUCCAUGUUUUGAUUAGCUAAUUGGCAGAUUUGUGCAUCACUGAAAUGCUGUCUUCUGUGUGCUGUCAAGGCUGCAUCUGGCAAGAAGCAUACUUUUUUUUUCCAUUUGUAUGCACUGUCAUGGUAAGCUCAAGAAAUUUUUACGUUAGAGUGUGUCUGCAAAAUGUGUCUUCUGUUAAUUGCAGAGUUCUCCGCGUCUACUUAUAAAUACUUGUUAUUCUUUAUCUUCUUUCUCCUGUCCCACACGUUGUAUAUAUGUUUAUAUUGCAAAUAGUAAUAUCUUUAUAUGUACAAGGUUUUUUUUUUUUUUUCACCGUGUAUAGGUUAUUCUUUGUUUUACACAGGAGUCUUUUGUGCUGUCAUAACUUCUGUGAUAUGAUGUAUAAAUUUCUGAUGCAUGAGCAAAGAAAGAAAUGAGGCUUUGCAAAAUUGUUGAGUGUGGAACUGUUUUUAAACUGAUGCAACUGUCAACUCCAUGCAGUGGUAUGUAGAUGGUAUCAUGCCUUUUUUCUCAUGCCUUUUUUAUGACCGCUUCACAACCACCCGGUCUCUUGUUUAUUUCACAUUGCGUGCUGUUCAGAAGUUAUUGCAUUGGUGCAGUGUCUGCUGACCAUGUCAAGCUUUUCCCAUCUGCAAACGAACUGUAAUAGAUACUACUUGUAAAUAUCAUUCUUAUGCUCCGUCAAAACAUAAUGUGCACUGUAUAUGUAAGUACGCCACAUGCAUAAAGCAAAAGCUUUUUGUUUUAGUUCACAAACACAUCAUGUUAACCUUUGAUACCAGAUAGUUAGCUUAUAUUUCAUAGUUGCUUGUAAAUUACGAAGAAAUAACCAUAUGUAUGCACAUGUUUCAAGAGAUAUUUAAUAAGAUUUUAUUGUUGAGGGGACACGGUCCUUGAAGGAAUUUGUAAUUACUGUGUGUUUUCGAACUGUAAUGUAAUUGCAAUGGGACUUUUUUAUGCUAAAGUCGUUCCUGCAUAAAGAAUGAGCAUGGUACACUGGGUCUCAUGGCUUUUUUUUUCCCUUUUUCUUUUUUGGAGUUUAUUCUGGUGUGAUGUUUAUCACUUCGGUUGAACUCCACUCUCGAAGCCAAAGAUGUAUUGUUCAUUCUGGACAUAUGAUAGGCCAUGUUGCCAGAGCAUGCGUGACAUUUCAUCCUAUAAAUUUUUCAUUUGUAUAUGCAUGCUCGUUUGCAUAAACAUGGGUAAAUAUGUGAGUUGUUUGGACAUGUAGGAACAGGAAAUUGUAAUAAGCUCUGAAAUGUUUGAAAUAUGUGGGGAGAAUUUUACACUGCACAUUCAGUUCAAUUUACAAAAACUUGCUUUGAUGUGUCACAAAGCAUACCCUGCUACCCACCCUUCUCCUCUGUUUCUUAUUUUAUGGGCUCACAGUGGUCUCAUUAAUUGAUGAUUGGUCAGUGUAUUUGGAAGGUAAUGCAAAAAGUGUGGUAAUGCUCAUUUCUUAAUGUAAUCUUAAUUAACUGGUUAUGGAGGAAUUAAAUGGCAGGUUAAUAUCAGAUUCAAUUUGGUUUUUACAUUGCGUUUGUUGUUUGGCUAACAUUUGUUAACUCCCAUAGAGUAAUCUGGCGGAUAUUAGGGCACAUUUUGCACAAAAUGCGCUUUCAAAUUUGCAGAUUUAUGAAUGUUCACAGUUCCAGUGUUACAUGCUACCCUGUCACACCUGGCUUAUUGGUUACUGUACCCUGUCCCUCAUUCUCUUUGUUCAUAUUACUUAAACCCCCACCAUGUUGUGAUAAAGGGAUGUGGGUAGCACGAAUUCUUUUGAUGUGACAUUCUCUUCAUGACAAAAAGGAGCUUUGAGAAUGCCAAACUUUUGUGAUAGGAUAUCGGCUUUGAUUACAACUGUAUUAGUAUGGUGGAGCAGCUAAAGAGGUAAAUAUUUAAGUACGUAAUUUAUUAAUUGUGCAUGUUUCAUUGCACAGGGGUCUCUGUUUUGGAGGUAGUCUUGUGAGAGGGUGAAUUAUGUUUUCCUUUGUUAUACUGUUCCGUAAUGCAGUUAAAAAACAUGCAUAAUCACAUCGUGGACUUUUGAUCCAGUUGGUAAUGUAUGCAAUAAAGGACAGCAUUAAGAGAAAGCAAAAGAGUUAGAAAAAGAGCAAGCAUGAAAGGGGCAGAGCCAUCCCAUGAUGUUACUUCCUUUCCUGUUUAUCUUUUAGUACAGUCUCUUAAUUAUACAUAGACUUUGCUUAAGUAAUUGUGCCUUCCAUAUUGCUGAUAGUAUGGUUUAUUGUAAAGCGUGAAUAGCACAGAAAAUUUUGAAGAAAUAAGUUGUCUGUACCAUAUUCUGUUUUCAUAUGCCGUGUCCUGCUUACAUUGCCAGUGCUUUCUCUUUGAAACCUUUGUAAAUCAGUGAAGGUUAUGCAGGACAGAAUAGGACCAAGAAAUGCCGUUACAUACGAAGCCUUUCAAAUGUGUGCUAUUGGCUAUCAACAUGGCAGCAUUUCAUUUUCACUGAUACCUUCUGCUUUAUUUUCGGGUGGUUGUCAGUAUGGUAGUAACUGCCAACUUCAGCAGGUUUUUAUUGUUAAAUAUUGAAUACUUUUUUUUGCCAACUAGUCGCCCCAUCAUUCCUCAUUAAGGAAAAAUUUUAUUGCACCAAAAGCACUUUCUGAGACUAAGAAAAGCAAAUGCCGAGUCCAGCCACGCCGUAGAUCUGCACUACCUUCCUGCUUUCAAGGCUCCCCACCUAAAUCUUUGUAGUUGCGGCCAUGGCGAGAGCUGGAUGGAAGUUCACAUGGCUGCUGUCAGUCUGUCAGGCUGCACUUGACUAAUGGCAAGACUUACCAACAUAGAGAGAUAGUCCCCUCUCAUUUUCCUCACUGAUGCACCUCUUAUACUGGGUGAUCAUUCUUAAGUAAAUUGCCUGUGGCAGAUAGCAUAUCGUUGAGUUGGAUUAUUCAGAGGCGGAAAUUAGUUGCAUGAGAAAUCGAAAUACAUACUCAACUAAUUAGAAAGAUAAUUAAUUCACCUCCUAAUUAAUUGAUUUACGGCACAUAUUGCAGUUAAUGAAUUGUAGCUGGCAACUUGGCAAGGAUGACGCCAGUUUCGAUAUAUUCAUUGCCAAAGUGUGCGACAAAUUACAUGGGCAUUCCAGUUUCUUUUGUGUUUCAGUGCAUAAAACAGCAUGUUAAAUAAGUAAGUGGAACAACAGUGCAUUUUUACUGGUUGUUCGAUGUUGCAUAUCUAGAAACCUAUGCCACCCUAAAAAUUCAUUCCAAGUGGUUAUGCCUUGCAAGCUCACUGGCUACAAUUUGUUAACCAGUGAAUUUUUGUCAAUUGGUAAUGUGUUUCGAUUUCUUGUGCAAGUAAUGUCUGCCUUUUUGUAUAAUCCACCUUAAGGACUAGAAUUAUGCUACCUGCCAUAGGUGAGUUUUAAAAAAUUCUGUAAAGCUUAAUGAUCGCCCCACAUAUGAUUUAGUACAUGGACCCACACCAAUAAGCCAUGCCUUAAAAAAAAAAAAAAAAAAGCCCCGCUUUUUGGGGCUCAUCUUUUCCGUAAAUAAUCGUCAUCAACCUUGCAUACACUUCCUUUAUUUAAAACUCUGCGCUCGCGACUUUCCUGUCUGCAGUGCUGUGUCACGGUUUACGAGCAUGCUGUUUGGGACUUGAACAGGGCACGCAGUGUUAAUGAAAGGUAAGGCACGCAGGAUACACGAUUGCUGGGAACAGGACGAGCCCUAAAUGAUUCAAAAUUUUCUUGCAGUAAUGAUGUUGCAGUUUAAUUGUAUUAUGAUGAUUUGAAGCAUACUCGUAAAAGUGCACCAAUGGUGCAGCACAACUUACUCUGCAGUGCAGUCUCACAAUAUCACUGAGAAAGUAUGCAUGUACUAUUCUUGACUCUCUGCCGAAAUCUUAAAUCAUUGAUAACUGCCGCGGUGGCUCAGUUGCUGCAGUUUAGAUAGGGGGGGGGGGGGGAUGCAAGAACGCUUGUGGCCUGUGCUUUGGGUGCACAUUAUAGAAUUGCAGGUGGACAAAAUUAAUUCACAGCCCAGCCUUCCGUUAUGGCAUCUCUCAUGAGUCAUAACCAUACUUGUACGUAACGGAUUACGUGUAAUUACUUGUAAUCAAUUCUAUUUUUCGUUAAAUUUGUGAUUGAACUAUUACUUCGUUUACUCAUUAACGCACACUGUAAUUAAAUUACUUUUUUCAGUAACCAAUUACAUUUAAGCAGUUACUUUCUUGACGGGUCGAGCUGUAACAGGCGAUGCAACUUUGACAACCUGAAUUAGGCAGGAACUGCAGUAGAAUGCCUGAGAUAGCACCAGGCAGCAACUUCAUGGAUGCAUGAGGACAUGGGAAAGUUAAUGCCAGGAAAUCGCAUAUGGACGAUGUUUUUUCAACUUUUCAUUGGAUUACCAGGGAGUGUCUUCAAGACUCAGUCCUACCUAUGUCUUUUUUUUGACAUAGGUAAGACGUAAUAUAACAAGAGGUUGGUGGCGCAGCCUGCCACUCUGCUCCAAAGGGCUCAUAGCAUCCAUCCAUCCAUCCAGUAACAAUGAAGUGUUGUGCUUCAUAGCGGACCCAGGUGCUGAGCAACAACAACCAUGUGUGCAAUGUGUUCGUCCGUUACAACAAUGCCCUAACCCCAGCGCACAUCGAGUAAGUUUUUAGUGCCACUUCUGAUGUCUUCACAACAAAAACAAAGGAAGAAGAUUGACAAAGUUUUCUAUAAGCAAUUGUUAGUGAAGAUAAGCAAUGUGGGGAGGAUUGCAGAGGACACAUUGAAAGGGCCAGGCCAGUAAUGUUAAUAAAAGUUCAGAGGAAAGUAACGUAGAAGUAAUCGAUUGCUUUUGAGCAAUUCCUCAACUACUUUCAUGGGGCACUAAUUGGUAACUGUUAUCAAUAGCAAUUCUUUAAUGGAGCAAUUGUAAUUAGUUACUUUUUUCUGUAACGUGUACAAGUUUUUUUCAUAACCCCCUGUGCAGUUUUGGGAAGCUGAACUCCAUUUUUUUUUAUCACUUCUGUUGAAGUGUAGCCAGUCGCAUGCAAAAGGACCAAAGAAAAAGGUUGCAGGUGUUUUCUACAUGAAAUAUUCCUACUAGGGUUUGAUGUAUAAAUGGAGAACGAAUCAUUUUCACAAUUGUUGUGCUCAUCAUUGGCAUUUCCAUAGCAUUGGACGCAUUGUGAGAGUGAAACUAACGAAGGGAAGCUUGAUUAUUAAAAUGGCCAGCAGCCGGUACAUUCGGAGGGGAUUUAGGCCGUCGGGCAACGCAAUAACGUGGACACGCUAGUCGACAAUUUUCACGAAGUUUUAUAAGUUUUAACUAAGAAGACUGCUGUAGUAAUACAAUAUUCGAUUGAUUUACUUGAUAUUCAUGUAAAAAAGUCGCAGUUUCGCCCGAUAGGCGAAGCAUUGAUUGCGAUAGCGAAUUAGUAGACAGCUAUACAAAGUAAGGAUAGUAGGUUUAUCGGCCGUAUGAACUUGUAAGCAUAGACAUACUAACUAAAUUAAGCAUGGUGUCACGUGCGCACAAGCAAACAUGAUGCAUCUCUCUCGACCGCGGAAACGCUGUGAAAUCGCUGUAGUGAGGAAGCGCGCUAUCAGCAACGAGCGAAUUGACCUUCGUGCUGCCUCGCGCAUCCGACGCGAACUAAACCGCGAAAACGCAGCGCUUGGCGGAUUUCGUCCCCGUCGCAGAUGGCUUUCGAGAUACAGCGGCCCGGAAUAGAACGCGCGCCCCUCCCCGCUUUCCUCCCUUGCGUGCGCGAGAUUGAGCGGCGAUGGCCGGCUCGCCCUCGCACGCUUUCACUCGCACAUACAGCAUAUGGCGCGCGGCGACAAUUUUAUCGCCCUUGCAUUUUAUACGGAACCGCACGGCCAUGCCGACUGCAGAAGUGCGCCUGGAGUGCCCAUAUAAUUGAUGUCACAAUAAAACAUCAUUUGCCGUCUUAUACUGGUGGAGGUCCGUCUACAUUAGUCGUAUACAAGAGGCGCAUCAGUUGAGGAAAUGUAGAGGGGGGAUUUCUGAUGUCUAUUGUUGUGCCACCAACAAUUUUUCAAUGAUUUCGCACCCUCUCUUCUUUAAUCCCCCCCUUCUCCCCUGCGCAUGCUCCUUGGAAAGAGAUAUACACAGGCGGAGAGGCAAUAUAUGUAAACAUAAGUUUUAUUUGUUCCUAAAGUCGAGCAAAUAUGCUAAAAAGAAUGACCGCAUGGUUCUUAAAGGGCCCCUCACCAGGUCUGGCCAUUUUGAGCUGACAAGCGCCGUGCAUACAAUGCGCACAACGAUCGUGUCUCUAGUAUUACAUCGCUACGCCUACGCGCCGCGGAAAGAGCUGAAAUUUAAAACCGAAUGCCGUUUGCCCUUCUAUGCCCUUCGCGGGCGCCGCGCGCCCAGCCGGAGAGUCGACGCAUAUCGCACAAGUGCGACUACGUACAUGACAGUGUUGUGACGUCGCUCAUACUGGCACGCGAUUUCGGGAAUUCAAGCAACAUCUUAUUUUUAUAAUCUGUUGCUUCAAUAGACGAAUUAAUGUUUAGAGAAAUAAUAAAACACACAAACUGAGAA